AUGGCAAGCCUACAGCGGGCCAGCAUACUACUGGAGGAUAUGACCUGCCCCAUAUGCAUGAAAAUUCUACAGGAUCCUGUCACCAUUGACUGUGGGCACAACUUCUGCCUGCAAUGCAUCAAUCAGGUUCGGAAAACUGCAGAAAUCCUUCAUUGUCCGCUCUGCAAACUACCUGUGAAUAUGGAUGCGUUCAGGCCCAAUAAGCUGUUGGCUAGUAUUGCAGAGAAAAUCCAGGCUAUGGAUCCUGCUGAAGUCCAACCAGAAGAAGAGCCAAGAUGUCAGAAGCACAAUGAACAGAUACAUUACUUCUGUGAGGAGGAUUCAGAGUUCCUAUGUGUGAACUGUCGUGUCUCCAAGGAACAAAUAUCCUACAAAGUUACCUCGAUAGAUGAGGCUGCCCAGAACUACAAGGUGCAGAUUGAGACACAGGUCCAGCAUUUGGGGCAAAAGGACAAGGAAAUAAUUAAAGAGAAAAAGGAAUGUGAAGAGGCAACCCAGGUGUUCAGGGCCCAGGUACAUCUAGAGAGACUAAAGAUCCUUGAGGAAUUUAAACGUGUGCGCCAGAGACUGGAAGAGGAAGAGAGAUUCCUCCUGUCCAGGCUGAGCUGGCUGGAGCAGGAGGGAGUCAAGCAGCUAGAAGAGUAUGUCACUGUCACAGAGGGACAGCUGACCACCCUCAGAAACCACAUGGAGUCCCUGAAAAAUAGGCUACAAGCACCAUCCAUGAAACUACUGGAGGUCAGUUCAUUGGGAAAAGAUUCUCUAUCAAUAUAUCUUCACAGGGAUAAAGAAUUUGAGUUUCACAACCCAACCCCAGUUCCUUUGAACCUGAAGAAAAAAAUGAGUGAAGCAAAAGCAAGACACGAGUCCAUCAUAGAAAGCCUGAAGAAAUUAACAGACAACCUGAACACUGAAGGGAAGGAAGAUGAAAGCACAUUCCUCAACAGCCUGGAUAAGAAGGACAAGGAGAACUGGCUCCUGUUACAGAAGAAUAACUCAGAGUUGCCCACCUCAGUACCUAUGACCCUGGACAUGGCCUCAGCUGACCCAAACCUCACCUUUUCUCAGGAUCUAAAGAAAGCAAGCUUGUAUGUCAUCGAUGGAAAAUCUAAUACUCAGGCAAAACCUCGACAACUCUAUCCUUUCCACUGUGUGAGGGGCUCCCCAGGCCUCUCCUCAGGCUGUGUGGUGUGGGAGGUGGAAAUCCAGGGACCCCCAGGUAUGCUUGGCAUAGUGGGCGUGGUCGCCGAGUUGCCUCAGGGGUCCCAGAUUCAGAACUCUGAGCCAUGCUGCUUGUGGGCAUUGCGGAUCUCGUCCUCUGGAUGUCAGCCAAUCACCAACUGCAGUAUCCAGAAGAAUCUCCCAAUCUGUCUUACGAAAGUGGGCGUCUAUGUGGAUUAUGACCAUGGAGCUAUCAUCUUCUAUGAUGCCAUCACUAACAAACACAUCUACACCUUCCAAGCUUCAUUUGACAAACAGGUCUUCCCCCUUUUUGGGCUUUUCCCUACCUGCAGCUCUAUCACCCUGAGCCCCUAG